AUGGAACGAAUAUGGCUCCCGCUUUUGCUGUCUGUAAAAUUGCUGUCAGUGACUGCACAAUUCAAUGGAUAUAACUGUGAUGCUAACUUACAUAGCAGGUUUCCUGCAGAACAAGAUAUCAACGUCUACUGUGGAGUUCAGGCAAUUUCUAUGAAGAUUAAUUUUUGCACUGUCCUGUUUUCUGGUUACUCUGAAACUGAUUUAGCACUAAAUGGGAAACACGGGGACUCUCACUGCAGGGGAUUUAUAAACAACAACACAUUUCCAGCAGUGGUAAUUUUCAUAAUCAAUCUCAGCACUUUGGAAUCUUGUGGAAGUUCUUUAAUGGUAACCUCAGUUCCAGGUAUCAAUGUAUAUGGCAAUGCAUCCACAGUCCAAAUAGGUAAUAUUUCAGGAUAUAUAGAUACCCCAGAUCCACCAACAAUUAUCAGCUAUUUACCAGGACUUCUGUAUAAAUUUAGCUGUAGUUAUCCUUUGGAAUACCUAGUCAACAAUACACAACUUGCUUCGUCAUCAGCUGCAAUUUCUGUAAGAGAGAACAAUGGUACAUUUAUAAGCACUUUGAAUUUGCUCCUUUACAAUGACUCUACCUACAGCCAACAGCUGAUUAUACCUAACACAGGACUACCUUUAAAAACAAAAGUUUUUGCAGCUGUGAGAGCAACAAACCUGGAUGGAAGAUGGAAUGUUUUGAUGGAUUACUGCUACACUACUCCAUCUGGAAAUCCAAAUGACAAUUUGCGAUAUGAUCUCUUCUUUAGUUGUGACAAAGACCCUCAGACAACUAUAAUUGAAAAUGGGAAGAGUCAAAUGGGCCGAUUUUCUUUUGAGGUGUUCCGCUUUGUGAAACAUAAGAACCAGAAAAUGUCUGCGGUUUUUCUACAUUGUAUCACAAAGUUGUGCAGAGCGGAUGACUGCCCCUUUCUUGUUCCAGCCUGCAGUAAUAGAAAAAAAAGAGAUGUGAUGAAGCAAACCACUUGGACACCUCAGAGCAUUUCUGGAAGUGCAGUAAUAUCUGCUGGCCCGAUAAUUACGAGAACUGAGGAAAUCCCAACCAACAAUUCACAGCUCGGAAGUCCAAAUGGAUUUUCUUUCCAGCUGAAUUCAGUCACCAGUGCAUUGAUUUCAGGAAUAGUAAUUCUAGGAAUUAUCAGCACCAUUUCUUGUGUAUUAUCCCUUCUCCUUUUCUACAGAAAGGGGCACAGCAGUAACCUUAUUUUGAGUGGUGUAAGAAAUCCAGUUUUCAAUUAGAAGGAACAAAUCAUUUGAACAUUCUCCAAUUGCCAUAAAAUGUAUUUGCCUUAAAGUGUCACCAAGGUAUCACUUCAUUGUUAUCAGAUUCCUGUUAUUUCUAGUAGUGCUAUGCUAUUAUAUAGAUAAU